GUGAUUUGGCAUAUUUAGGCGCCACCAUGAGAUCAAAAAAACAGAUAUGCGUUGAAUUUACCUCGUCCAAUUGCUGGCUUUGUUUCAAAGCCCUUGUUAACAUCCGAGUUCCCAAUUGGUAGGGCUCUGCAUGAAGUCAGCUGAAUCUCGAGCGGCUGAGCCCAGCCUGAUCAGGCUCCCUCAUGUCAGCACAGAACAUGAACAAGCUCCCUCAAUCAACUCAUCAGGCCAAUGCCUAGUAUGCCUCCAGCUACGACCCGUCGUCCGAAGAGUCGCGAUGAUUUCGAGAUCGCCAUCAUAUGUGCCCUGACGCUUGAGGCCGACGCCGUGAUUGCCUCUUUUGAUCACCACUGGGAUGAAGAUAACGGUCCAUCCUUUGGAAAAGCGCGGGGCGACCCAAACUCGUACUCAACGGGCGUCAUCGGAAGUCACAAUGUGGUGUUAGCACACCUUCCUGGCAUGGGAAAGGUCGCAGCAGGAAACAUCGCCGCCUUCUGUCGCAUGAGUUUCCCCAACAUCAUCCUUGCACUCGUCGUUGGAAUCUGUGGAGGCGCGCCUUUGUAUGAAGACACGCCAAUAUUUCUUGGCGAUGUCAUUAUCAGCACUGGUGUCGUGCAGUAUGAUUUUGGCCGUCGAUUCCCAGACAAGUUUGAGAUGAAGGACACUUUGAGCGAGAGCUUAGGAAGACCUAACUUAGAGAUAAGAAGUCUCCUAGCAAAACUCACCACAGCACGGCAAAGGCAAAAGAUGACGAGGGCUAGUCGUGAUUUCGUCGGUCGCGUACCUGACACAUAUCCUGGACGUUCAAGGGAUAUCCUAUUCCCUGCAGGCUAUCGUCACAAGCACCAAGACUCACGAGAAUGCACUGUUUGUGCCUCUUGCUGCACAGAUGCUGACACCGUCUGUUCCAAGGCACUGAAAGCGAGCUGCGAAGAACUUGGGUGCGAUAUCAAGCAAGCUGUACGUCAGAUCCCAGGUAAUAAAGACGAAAGGGAGCCGAGCUUGAUGAUACACUUUGGAACAUUCGCCUCUGGAGAUACAGUGAUGAAGUCUGGAAAAGACCGGGACCAGCUCAUACGAGAGAAAAAUGUGAUAGGUUUCGAGAUGGAGAGCGUUGGAGUCUGGGAGGUCUUUCCUUGCAUCGUAAUCAAGAGUGUUUGCGAUUACGCCGAUAGCCAUAAGAACAAGGACUGGCAAGACUACAGUGCUGUAUGUGCCGCAGCUUGUACCAAAGCAUUUCUUGGAUACUGGAACUCCACAAAGCGAAUUAUUGAUGCCAAAGCUGAGGAAGAGGAGCUUCAAGAGCGUAUUCUGAAAAGUCUUCACUUUCCAGAGAUGAAUCAAAGGAGAUCUAUUGUCGCCUCAGAAGCCCCUUCCACACUGAAGUGGAUAUUUGGUGGCUCUCGCCCUCAGACCUUUGACUCCAGAUCAUCAGACGGUGGAAGAUCGGACAACGACUCGACAGAAGCAGCGGAUGGGUCAACAGAUCAGGAUUCGGAUCUCGGAGAACACAGCGACGAAGUUGGCGACUCUCAUGAUUGUUAUGAAAAGCGUCCUCGUGUUCCCAAACAUCUGAAUGUAGACAACCACUCGCAUGAACAUGAAACCUUCGAGCCGUCUCUCACAGAAAAGGACGGGGGCAACUUCAAGACAUGGCUCACAUCUGACCAGCUGAUUUAUUGGAUAAGUGGAAAGCCAGGAUCCGGGAAAAGCACACUAAUGAAGUUUCUUCUGAGCGACUCCAGAACUCUCGCGGCAUUGGAGAAAUGGCACGAGGACGUGGUCAUUGUGUCUCAUUUCUUUUGGAAGCCAGGCAGUUCUAUGCAAAAGUCUUUCAAGGGGCUUAUAUGCUCUAUCGCUUAUCAGCUUUUAUCACACGACCCCAAUCUCAUUGGUUAUCUUCACGACACAACUGCCACAUUCCGUAAAUCGUCACCCUCAGACUGGGAUCAGGACCAACUUUGCAAAUCGCUCUACAGCUACCAGGACCAGACAUCUCAGACAAUCUGUAUCUUCGUCGAUGCUUUAGACGAAGCACGCCCAGGGCAAGAUACGUUGGAUACUCUGCAAUUCAUCAAGAGUAUGGUGUCUCCCAAGACCAAGAUCUGCGUCUCAAGUCGUCCAGAGCCCUUGUUUAAACAUCAGUUCUCAAGAUACCCACACCUCCAAAUGCACGAGUUGACAAGGCUCGAUAUAUUCGAAUACUCCAAAGCCAACUUACGUCAGUUGACCAUUUUAGACUCCCAAGAACUAGAUUUGUCAGAGUUGGCUUGGAAGGUUGCGGAGCUGGCUGAGGGUAUCUUCCUAUGGGCUGUACUCGUCACCCAAUCGUUAGUUCGGGGACUAAACAAUGGGGAUUCUGAACAAGAAAUCGAGCAGCGCCUGAAUGAUAUGCCGAAAGAUCUUAUGAGUUUAUAUCGAGAUAUCUUGAGACGUUCAGCUGAAGAUCUCCUUAUCUACCGAAAAUAUGUAUCUACGGCUAUCAAUCUGAUGCGUAUCGCGUUUACCAGGAAAUCUCCCUUCUCGCAAGUGACAGCUUUCGAUUGCAUGAUGGUCAUGGAGCCAGACUUGCUAGAAAGAUAUGCUGUCCUAGGUGACCAAGUUCCAAACGCCGAGCUGGACGCAAAGACAGAAGUAAUGCGGAAGCGUCUGAACUCUUGUUGUCCAGGGAUUUUGGGAGUGAUACCCUCUAGCUGGGCAGUUGUAUUUACUCAUAGGUCCGCCGAAGAAUUUAUUUUCGAGACUGAAGAGGGCCAGCGCCUCUGGCAACCUUACCGCAUUCCUCGAGCAGAGCUUUUGUGCCGGAGUUUCAAAGCCAUAGUAGCCAUGAACCGAUUCAAGUCGAUAUGGGACUCUGAGGACUUUCUGAAAAUGCUAUACGAAUGGGACGAAUCGCAAGAGUUCCCUCCUGGGAUUUACGGCUUCUUCCUCGAACUUACGCUUGGAAGCUACAAAAAGGGAUUCAUAUCUCCUCCACCAGCGAAUCACGAUAGUGAGCUUGGCCCAAAAGACUUCGUGGGACGAUUCAUGUUAAGUGCAUUCCGCUGCGGCCAUCGUCCAUUUGUGUUGGGAACUCUAAAAACUCUUGAACCUUGUGUCUCACAUGACACGAUUUGCUGUAUCCUUGACCUGAUAUGCGAUGAAUGGCUACGUUUAGGUCGACCGGGGACCCUUUACAUGAUUGAUAACAUCUUUGAGCAGGGUUACAACCCAAACUGGACCAUGCGCAGGACGAACAUUAGCCACCCUAUGGGAAGCCUCUGGUUCAGAUCUCUGAUAUCGAUCCUAAAAUGGGUGAUUAGACAGCGGACAAACCACUUCUACGAACUAUAUGAUAUGAAUCCUCGUGCCACAGGCAUCUUCCAAACCUUUCGUCGAGCGGGCGCUCACAUAGCAGCAACCUUUCCUAUCUAUUUAGAAACGGAGACGCCACGAUAUCGUAUCAACACAUUCUUCCGUCCAGCAGAUGCCCUCGGUCCAGGAUCCGGCCAUAGUCUCCUUGGGCGAGCUAGAUUCAUGAUAAUUGAGAUAGACGCGAGAACACUGAUGGAUUAUAUUAUGAGCUGGACACACCAAGAUACCAUACUGGUGGGACCACCUACGGAUCCUGGAUCAGCGGCCUAUAUGAAAGCGCUUGCAUUUGGCACGCCGACGAGCAGACAUCUUUAUAUUGUUGAGUCUGAGUCGAUCUCAGCUCGGCUUGUAAAGGCUGCUGAAGCAGCUUUGAAGUUCCGUGGGGCUCGUUCCAUCAGCCCAGAAGAUUCGCUGAAGGAGAUCCUGAACAGGUGCGAUAGAGAAAUGGCAGACUUGAGAUCAUAUUGUGGCCAAACAAAGAAGGACUAUUUCUGGCAAGGGCAUCGACUAUGGUCGCCACCAGUCUAGUAUGAAAGUCGGUCUCGAGAAUCAAGCAAAUCAUCACCAUGGUCGAGUUCUUGACGGGUGUAUCAGUUGAGACAUCAUACUUUAUCAUUAGACCCGUAACCUAUCUUUUAAUUCCACCCAAGGUCAAGUUCAAGACAACCGUUUCAGAUUUGUCCCUUUAAAUCCUAACUUUAAUCAUUC